CAAUGUGCACAUCGCUUCGCAAGAAUAAUGAAACGAAGGAUUUAUCUGUGCCGCAAGGCUGCAUGGGAACGAGAUGACCCAGAAGAGACGUUCAGCAUAGACUCUGCGAAUAGCAUAGCCAAUGCGCCAAUGUUUCAACCACCUCCACCACCGCCACCUCGUGUGAUAACCUACAAAACGCUAAGGGAUAAUGGUGCAGAAUUAUUCCUUGGGGAUCGCAUCAGUGAACCCCAAAUUGCAUGGGACUGGAUCGAGGAGACUGCUCGAGUGUUGGAAGACCUUAACGUACCCACCGGAUCUAAUCCGACCAAGAACCAGGGUCAGCAACAGGGACGGGCUCCUGCUCGUACUUAUGCAAUGAAGGCACGAGCUGAGGAAAACCCUGACGUCAUUCAGGGUAUGUUUUCCUUAUUCGAUAUUGUCAUGUAUGUAUUGAUAGACCCUGGAUCAAUGUUACCUUAUAUCUGCGUGCCUAUGCCUGACAAAGCUGACGUAAUGAAAGAAAAUUUAGAACAACCUAUACUAGUAUCUAACCUGUUAGGACAUAGUAUGAGGUUAGAUCAUGUGUAUCAAGACUGUCCAUUGAUUGUUGAAGGACAUCAGUUCUCUGCCAAUCUUGUCGAAUUACCGUACAAAGAAUUUGACAUCAUCCUCGGAAUGGAUUGGCUCACCAAAUACCGAGCAGUUAUCGAUUGCCGACAACGAACGAUUCAACUAAAGUCGGGAGAGGGGAAGUCUAUAGAGGUGAAAGAGAAGCUAACACCUAAAUCUACUGAAUUCAUCUCGUACAUACACGCUAGGCGCCUCAUUCGGAUGAAAUGUGAAGCUUAUCUGUGUAACGUACGUGACACACGAAAGGAAACUCCUGAGUUGAAAGACAUACCGACAGUGUGUGGUUUUCCUGAUGUGUUUCCUGACGAACUUCCUGGUAUACCAUCUUCCAGAGAAGAUGAAUGUAUUUCUGUUUCGAAUGUAAUUGAUAAGUUGCCACCGUCUUGGAAAGACUAUAAACGUGAAUUGAAACACAACAAAGAUGAUUUGUCUUUGGUUCAAUUGGGCACUCAUCUUCGGAUUGAAGAAUCAGUGAGGGCUCGAGAAAGCAACAAAUCCAAGGACGUUGCUGGACCAUCACGUGUUAAUAUGGUGGAUGAUGGUGGUUCCAAGGGAAAGCAUAAGUCUGGAAAAAGGAAGAAAAACAAGCCCGACAAGAACACCGUCAACAAGAAACAAAAGGUGGCGUGUUGGACGUGUGGUAAACCCGGGCAUUUCAAGAAAGAUUGCAGGGUUGGGAAAGGAAAACAAGAAGCCGGUCCAAGUGGGUCUAAGGACCCAAAUAUGCAACAAGGUCAGAAUUUUGAAAACAUUGAUAAUUCGGUUCAGAAUUAUGUAUCACUAAUAUCCGAGGCAUUUUAUAUGCAGGAUGAUGAUGUUGCAUGGUGGGUAGAUUCGGGAGCAACAUCCCAUGUGUGCAAGGCUCAACGUUGGUUCACAUCUUUGAGGCCAAUUGAAGAUGGCUUAACAUUGCGCAUGGGGAAUGUGUCUACCAAACCCAUCAAAGGAAUUGGAACUGCUCGAGUUGAUUCAUAUCCUUGGCCACAUAUAGAGGAUCGUCAACUCUCUAUAAGGCCCGGAGUCAAAGAUUCAAAGGCCUUUUGGUUACUUUGAACCCCCACUCACCUCAAGCGCUCAAAUAAUGAUUCCAAAAGAUGAAAAAGUUUAUAAAAGAGCGAAUCUUUCUUUCAUUCUAACUCCCAUGCACAAAGUAUUCAUGAAGAACAUUUGAUACACUUUAAUAAACUUUAACGUCUAAU